CUGCGCGCUGCAUUCCGCCCCACCCCUCGCAAACACCAUCACUACCAGCGUACCUAAAAUCAGGAAGCACUGACACACGCCGUUGAUUUCUUUUCCUCAUUUUAUUUUCUUUCACGUUGCUUUCAUGACAGCAGCGUCGAGACAAAACGGAGAGAGGUGGAUAUAUUCCAUGCUGACGACCACCGACUGAUAGGACUGACAGCAGGACUCAGCUGUGGAUGCAGUUGAUGGUCUAACCGGAGACGGUAUCCUCUGUCAGCAGCAUGGGCCAGCGUCUAGGAAAGAGAGAGUCACCGACAGACAAUAAGGCUUUAUCAACACCUGAAACCAAAGACGAGACGAGUCCAGUGGGUCCAGCAGCAACAACAUCAGCAGAGCCUGAAACACAAGAUGAAGUGUUUGGAACGGGUGAGACAGAUACCAACCAGAACAAUGGCUGCAUCUCGGAGAAGCCAGUGGUGACUGACUCCACGGGCGCUGAGGGCCCCCACUCGUCCUGGACCCCCGCCAGCACAGCUGACCCUGACGCUGCCACACCGCGCCCCCACCUGGUCCGCCUCUUCUCCCGAGAUGCCCCGGGCCGGGAAGACAACACCUUCAAAGACCGACCCUCUGAAUCGGACGAGCUGCAGACUAUCCCGGAGCACAACGGAGCAGCUUCAGAGUGCGGGUCGGAGAGCCCCGAACAGGACCUAGACUAG